AUGGAUGGGGGUGGUUGGGGAGUGAGGGGAGAAAAUGAGAUGUGGGGGGGGAUGGGGGGUUUGGAAGACAGGUGUCAUCGGCCCUUCCCCAACUGCGGACCAUCCACUUCACAACAUUCCAAACCCGGCGACUUCGUCCUGAUAAGGAACUUCAAUCCAAAGAGCUGGAAAUCACCAUCGCUGGCUUGGGCCCAUUCCAAGUAUCUCCUCCGGCACUUCACAACCGCUGUGAAGGUCCGAUAG